AUGGCAAACAAUAGUAUAUUUAAGCUUCAACAGCCAGCGGGCACUAGUUUCGAUCUUUCUGAUUAUCCCUUUAAAAUUAAUGAUUCAAUUCCUGAAGUUCCCGGCGACACUAGAAGCGACGCGAGAAAGACUGUUCUCCUGACAACUCAACUUGCAGUCGCUACCUCGAUUGGAUUCCUUUCCUUUCUUCUAUUUUGUUUCUUGAGACCACGAUGGAGUACAUUGUUUGCUCCUCGAACCAGACUCAAAGGAGAUAUUGACAGGAUAGCCCCCACUUUACUCCCGGACACAUUUUUCGGCUGGGUAUUACCGUUAAUUCGAAUGCCAGAAUCGGAAGUUUUGGAUCGCGUAGGAUUGGACGCUGCAGUGCUUCUUGGAUUCUUUAAAAUGUCCUAUAAGCUUUUUGCUUUUUGCGGUGUAUUCGCCUUACUAGUCAUAGGUCCCAUAAAACUAUACGAUUAUAUCCAACGAAAAAACGGAAACAACUUUUUCGAUGACGACCCUAUAAAAAUCCCUGACGAACAGAAUCCCUUGAUAGGAUUUUCAUAUGCACUCUUCACAUGGGUAUUUUCGCUGGCGUCGUUCUAUUUUCUGUAUUACAAUUACCGAGCAUUCGUCGAUGUUCGUCGACAAUACUACCUGAAAUUGAAAGACACCUUAGUGGCAAGAACUGUGAUGGUCACUGUGAUUCCAAAAGAACUGCAAUCGGAUCGUGCACUCGCAGAAUUCUACGAAUCUUUAGGACUCGGAAAUGUCGAGAGUGCGGUUGUUUGUCGUCAUGUGCGAAAAUUGAAGCACGCGAUCGAGAGGAGAACGUAUUAUCUGCAAGAAUUGGAAAAAGCCUAUGUUGAAUGGUUGGGGAACCCAUGUACAGAUCCGAAUUAUGACGAGGAUAAGAUGUUGGAAGAGAUUGAAGGUUCGCUGCCGAGCAUGCACAGUAAUAGAGAAGAUGAGGGUUUGUUAGAGUCGGGUCAUGAGAUGUUGAAAAUUGAAACUCCUCGCCCGACUUUUCGUGAUGGGCCUUUUCAUAUUUUUGGCAAGAAGGUUGAUAAGAUCAAUUAUUAUACCCAAAAGCUUCGUUACUAUGAUAAUUUGGUUGAUCAAGGUAGGCAUGGAAGGUACACGCCUACAUCUGUUGGAUUUGUCACUUUUGAGGAUUUUUCAAGUGCGCAAAUUGCAGCCCAGACACUUAACCAUCCCGAACCAUUUCAUUGUCAAACAACCCUUGCACCUGAACCACGCGACAUAUUGGCAAAAUAUCAACUUUCGCGAACGAGAACUGAUAUUCCGCGAUGUCUUCAUCAACGUCUUACUGUAUUCCCCUGGCUGGCGAACUUGGCGGAGAAAAAUGAAAUCUUGAAAGGUUUGAUUCAAGGGUCGUUGCCGACUUUGGCUGUUUCGGUGUUUAACGCUUUGUUACCGAUAAUUCUUGAUUUCCUCUCAAAAAAACAAGGCCUUCAAGCCCGAAGUUAUGUCGAGUUAUCUACAUUAUCAAAGUUUUUCUUUUUCUUGUUGGUGAACGUUCUUCUCAUCUUCACUAUCGCGGGCACGAUAUUCAAAUCGCUCGAAGACAUCAUCACUGAGCCAACAAAAGUAGCAAAAAUUCUUGCGACGACUUUGCCAACUGUCGCACCAUUCUUUGUAAACUUUGUAAUUCUCGAAGGCAUCGGUAUCUACCCCCUACAACUACUGCAAUUCGGCGACGUCGUAAGCACUCUAAUGAAACGACUUUUCAUUGCCAAAACCCCACGACAAUAUGCCGAGGCGAGUACACCACCGUUUCUAAAUUACGGGAUUGCGUAUCCGCGCGCGGUUUUGAUUUGGGUUAUUAUUUUGGUAUAUUCGGCGAUUAGUCCGGUGAUUUUGUUUUUUGGCGCCGUGUAUUUCUUCUUAGGAUUUUUUACGUUCAAAUAUUUAUUGCUUUACGUUUAUUUUCAUCCAUAUGAGUCUGCUGGUCAAGCAUGGCCUUUGAUAUUUCGUCGAGUGAUUGUUGGGCUUGUGAUUUUUCAGUUAAUGAUGACUGGGUUUUUGGCGCUUCAGCAAGAUUAUUGGUUAGCAAGCUCUAUAACUCCUUUAUUGAUAGGAACUGCUGUGUUUACAACGUAUGUGAGUUUGGCAUUUAACAAAAGCAGCGAGUUUCUUCCGCUAAAGUUGAUUCGUGAUGAGCAGAAUAAGCAUCCAACAAGUACUGACGAUACGGAAGAAGAUGAUAGUAUACCAACUAGAGCCCCACCAAAUCAAGCAACAAGUGAACCGCCAAACACAGGAUUCCAAAACACUAAUAAUGAUGACUCAAUCGUCCAAUCAUCGUCAGCGUCUUUCUCCGCGCAUAAGCAUCGAGAAAUUUUAGAUGAUGAUUUGUACCAGGCUGAACCUGAUUUAUACACAGAUUACACACAACCUCCAAUGACGUUAUACCCUGGAAUACUGAACACUGGAAUGAGGCGGUACGGACCUCCAGCAUUAGUGGGAAUACUGCCGUGGGUGUGGCUUCCUGUAAAAAGAAACCAAGAUGAUAUCAAGAGUACCCCAGGAUUUUUCCGUGGACUUUUGGGUAUGCACAAGAAAGGCGAGAAACCAAGUUCUACAGAAGGGGAAGAAGAAUCACCGGCACAACCAAUCUCAGAUCAUGAGGGCAGUCAACUUCGACGAAAAAAUAGUCAGAUUCUUGCCCUUCAACGGGAUGAAGCAGCUCAAGAAGAUCCAAAUAAUCCUAAUAAAACUUAUUAUCAUCAUCCAGAACGACGCAAGACAAGACAAGCAACCAUGAGAAUUCGACCUAUACCUGAGGAUAUUAAUGAAGGAUCCACCAGCACCUCACGAGAACCAAUUGUCGAAAGUCCGGUAACUAACUCUUUUAACAAUUCUGAAACUCACACGCCGCCUCGUCCGUCGCCAUUGAGGCAGGCGUCAAACCCGUCGCGACGGGUUAGUCAGUAUUUGGAAAAUUGGGCUGGAAAUAAUUUUGGCGGGGAGGCCAUGAAUGAUGGAAGUGUUGGUAAUAGUAAUUAA